UAAUGCAUUGUACAUGACGGCAGAUUUAGAUUUUCUCCCUGUCCUUUUCAGCUUAGAUAAAACAUUGCAGGUCUUGCAUGUUUUAAAGACGUGCAUGCGUAAGAGGAAGAAUACUGUAGAAAAGGCGAUGGUUGCGGGGAUCUUCGUGUUCACGUCUCGAGUUGAGAGCGAGAGAAAGAGAGGGAGGUAAGAGAGAGAGAGAGAGAGAGAGAGAGAGAGAGAGAGAGAGAGAAGAGAGAGAGACUCAGAUGAUACAGCCGAGGACCACGCGCUACAGAAGACGGACUAAGGCACGCGACAUGUCUCAAGGAUUCAGGUGCGCGAGGAUAUGCCCCGGGUGUCGUGCUUACAGAUCCUGGUCGCUGGGAUAAACGUGGAUGUAGCCUAUUGACAGACAGCAGAUAGUAUGCCUGCACAGUUGGUACGCCUCACGCAAUGUGGCACAAUAUGGCACGCGUAAAGAUGGGUCUCUUCGCUCUCCUCUGUCUCCCCACGUUUUUCUUCCGUGUCCUCGUGCUCUCCCACAGCAGCAGCAUCAAUGAGCGGUCGGCGGUGCCUCGCGCCGUGGUCCGCUCCGUGGCUCGUAUGGAUGGAGACGUGAUCAUCGGUGCGCUCUUCUCCGUCCACCACCAGCCGUCUGCGGAGAAAGUGGCUGAGCGGAAGUGCGGGGACGUCCGCGAGCAGUAUGGCAUCCAAAGGGUGGAGGCAAUGUUCCACACGUUGGACCGGAUCAACGCUGACCCGAACCUGCUCCCCAAUAUUAGCUUGGGCUGUGAGAUCCGAGACUCCUGCUGGCACUCCUCUGUGGCUCUGGAGCAGAGCAUCGAGUUCAUCCGGGACUCACUCAUCUCCAUCCGGGAUGAUAAGGACGGGUCCAAAUGGUGCAUUGACGGCACCCCGUCCCACCAGCCUCCACCGUCCAAGAAACCCAUCGCAGGAGUGAUCGGACCGGGAUCCAGCUCUGUGGCCAUUCAGGUGCAGAACCUCCUGCAGCUCUUCAACAUUCCGCAGAUCGGCUACUCUGCCACCAGCAUCGACCUGAGUGACAAGACUCUGUUCAAGUACUUCUUGAGGGUCGUGGCCUCAGACACCCUCCAGGCCCGGGCCAUGCUGGAUAUUGUCAAGCGGUACAACUGGACCUAUGUAUCUGCAGUGCACACUGAGGGAAACUAUGGGGAGAGUGGCAUGGAGGCCUUCAAGGAGCUGGCCUCUCAGGAAGGCUUAUGCAUCGCCCACUCGGACAAGAUCUACAGUAAUGCAGGGGAGAAGCACUUUGAUCGCCUUCUGAGGAAACUACGGGAGCGUCUACCCAAAGCUCGUGUAGUGGUGUGUUUCUGUGAAGGCAUGACUGUCCGAGGUCUCCUGAUGGCCAUGAGGAGACUGGGGGUGUUCGGGGAGUUCCUCCUCAUCGGCAGUGAUGGGUGGGCAGACCGUGACGAGGUUGUGGAGGGUUAUGAGCAGGAAGCAGAGGGAGGAAUCACCAUGAAGCUGCAAUCGGAGGUGGUCAAAACCUUUGAUGAUUACUACCUGAAGCUGCGCCUGGACACUAACACCAGGAACCCCUGGUUCUCUGAGUUCUGGCAGUACCGUUUCCAGUGCCGCCUCGAGGGCCACCCACAGGAGAACAAAAACUACAAGAAAGUCUGCUCCGGUGAUCAUGACCUUCAAGGUGGAAAUGAAAGUCUGCAUGAAAACUAUGUUCAGGAUAGUAAAAUGGGAUUUGUCAUCAAUGCCAUCUAUGCCAUGGCUCAUGGCCUCCAUGAUAUGCACAAGGAGUUGUGCCCAGGGCAGCCAGGGCUCUGUGAAGCCAUGGACCCCAUCGAUGGCAGCAAGCUGCUGGACUAUCUGCUGAAGACCUCCUUCAGAGGAGUCUCUGGAGAGGACAUUUAUUUUGAUGAAAACGGAGACACCCCAGGAAGGUAUGACAUCAUGAAUCUACAGGGUGUGGGUGAUGGUCGCUACGACUACAUAAACGUGGGCUCCUGGCAUGAGGGCAUCUUAAACAUCGAUGACAACAAGCUGUGGUUGAACAGCAGUGACAUGGUCCGUUCAGUCUGUAGCGAGCCUUGCUCCAAAGGACAGAUCAAGGUGAUCAGGAAGGGCGAGGUGAGCUGCUGUUGGAUCUGCACCACAUGCAAGGACAAUGAGAUCGUCCAGGAUGAGUUUACCUGCAAGGCAUGUGAGCUGGGAUGGUGGCCCGAUGAUGACCUGGAAGGCUGCCAGCCCCUGCCUCUGAAGUAUCUUGAUUGGGCGGAUGUGGAAUCCAUGGUGGCAGUGGCUUUCUCCUGCGUGGGCAUCCUGAUCACUUCCUUUGUCACCUUUGUGUUCAUCCAGUACCGUGAUACACCUGUGGUUAAGUCCUCGAGCAGAGAACUCUGUUAUAUCAUCUUGGCAGGCAUCUUCAUGGGCUACAUCUGUCCAUUCACCUUAAUCGCCCGUCCAACAGUGACCUCCUGCUACUUGCAGCGGCUCCUGGUGGGCCUUUCAUCUGCCAUGUGCUACUCUGCCCUGGUAACCAAAACUAACCGCAUUGCCCGCAUUCUGGCAGGCAGCAAGAAGAAGAUCUGCACCAAGAAGCCCCGUUUCAUGAGCGCCUGGGCCCAAGUGGUGAUUGCCUUUAUGCUGAUUAGUAUGCAGCUAACUCUGGAGAUCACACUCAUCAUUCUGGAGCCUCCUGAGCCCAUCAAGUCCUACCCAAGCAUACGUGAGGUCUACCUCAUCUGUAAUACUAGCAACAUAGGCAUGGUGGCGCCACUGGGCUACAACGGCCUGCUAAUCAUGAGCUGUACCUACUAUGCCUUCAAGACGCGGAACGUCCCGGCCAAUUUUAAUGAGGCUAAAUAUAUUGCCUUCACAAUGUACACUACCUGCAUCAUCUGGUUGGCCUUUGUGCCAAUCUAUUUUGGCUCAAACUACAAGAUCAUAACCACAUCCUUCUCCGUCAGCCUGAGUGUAACAGUGGCACUGGGGUGCAUGUUCACACCUAAGAUGUACAUUAUCAUUGCCAAACCAGAGAGGAACGUCCGAAGUGCCUUCACCACAUCUGAUGUGGUACGAAUGCACGUUGGAGAUGGAAAGUCGCCUCAAUGCAAGAACAGCAGCAUCCUCAAUAUGUUCCGCCGGAAGAAGCCUGGGUCGGGCAAUGCCAAUUCUAAUGGCAAGUCUGUGUCAUGGUCUGAAUCAGGUGCAAGACACCCUCCGAGGGGGGGGAAUGUGUGGCACAGACUGUCUGUGCAUGUGAGGAAACAGGAAGCCGGCUUGAAUCAGACGGCGGUCAUCAGGCCCCUAACUAACACCCCCGACCCCCACAGUUGUGAGCCCUCCACCUGUGACCUUGGCACAGAACCACGUCCCCCCCAAGAACCGCGUGGUGCUAAGCCUCUGUACAACCUGGUGGAGGAGGACGACGAGGGCGAUUCGCAGCGCCCCCUCUGGACUCCCACUUGCUCUGGACAGAUGCAAGGGCUGGAGUCUAAUUUAGAUAAGCCGGCUUCUUAUUUGCCCUCUCACUUGAAGGGCUGCACCGCAGAGCGCUUGCAGGGGGCUGUGGUGAACACACACAGCUCCUAUGUCCCUGCACUGAAUGACCACGCCACCGGGGAGGCAAUCCCUGCCAACGAGCCUUUGAGCUUGACCCCCUCUCAGCUUCCUUUGGCCCCACAAUUGGGGACGUUUGAAGAAGAAGGGUCUGAGGACGAGGAACUGGAUCUCUUGCACAGCUACAUUUAUGAUGCCAAGGAGGAGGGGGAGGGGUUGGACAGAGAAGGCGAGGAUUUAUCUCAGAACAAGCCAACUCUGGAGGAUUCCCUAGCUUUGUCGCCCCCCUCCCCCUUCAGAGACUCUGUGUGUUCGGGGGAGUCUGUCAGCGACUCCCCCAUCAUGGAGUCGAUGCUCGGAAGCCAUCCGAGCUCAGUCUACACCUCAAACGUCCUCGAAGACUUUGCACACAGCUCCUCAACACUGUGAGAGCAAAACAGGCGCUGACACACUUGUGCAUCACACAGACGUGCAUUUCCACAUACAGGUUCCCCACACACACACACACACACACACACACACACAUACAUAUACAUACUGUACAACAACAAUUCUUUUAUUAUCAUUUCAGGUUAUUAGCAUUUAUGCUUUGCUGUCAUUUGCUUGCUUGUAUUUAUUACUCUGCUUUUAUAAGUAAGGGGUUAAUCAAAAUUAUAAGUAGAAAACCACCAGGAAUCAUCCAUGAGUGCUUACAUUUCUGAAGGGCUGGGAGUACACAAAGCCUUUCUGUAACGUUAAACUGGGAAGAGUGCCAAAACGGGUCAGCUCUCAUGCCAAAUUGUGAUAAAUUAAACAACACUGAAAAUCAAAAUGAAGGAUGUAGCUGUGGUUCUCAAACUGGCUCUAAGUAGUAGCUCAAGUGCAUUUCAUGCCAGUUUUAAUUCGCUCUGCUUCUCUCUGCUGCACAUGUACAGGUCUGUUCAUGUCUGUAGCAGUCGCAGCUGCAUCGAAAAACUAUUCGCCUUUUUUCAUUAAAUGAUUUCACAUCAGCUUUUUCUCAUCUGACCUCAUCGUAAGUUGGUUGAAUAUUACUUUAUUUGUUAUGAGGUGUGCACAAAAAUAUGAUCACUAAACUGAGUUUCUGCUGAAGACUUGCGCUGUAUGAUAUAUAAUAUGGAUAUAAUGUGCCAAUCAAAGUUGUUAUCAACCUGCAUCCCUGCUUCAGUUUUUACAAUGCAGCUGAUACAGGUUAGUGUGAUUGUAGAUGAUGGCGAUGUUGUUAAUUCAUCUUCCACUCGAUCAUAACCCUGAGAACAAGUUUCAUGAGCAUGGGACGUGGUAAAAGAACUACUUUUGCUUUCCAAUGCCGUGUUGAUAUUUCUCAUGUUUUCUGAGUUUGCUGUGUCAUUGUAAUGAAAACACAGUACUUGUACAAGUUCUCAAAGUUUGUAAUACUGUUAAGCCAUCUCUUGUUUUUCACACAGGUGGUAUGUUUGUAAUACUGAUAAAUGUUUCUAUAUUUAGAAUGUCAACAGAAAAAAAGAGUUUAUACAUUUUGAAACUGUGCUCAGAAACUUGUCAAGGAGCAGUGUGUUUGGUUUUUGGGUAACAUUUAAGCUAACUUGCGUCAACUGUAUCCUCUUGAAAAUAUUCAGUUGUAAAAGUAACCAAUAAUUUGUUGCUUCUUGUAAUGAGAUUAUACAUGUUUCAAUUUUGCUUCAAUCUUGCAUUAUAUACAAGUAGUUUACUUGAAGUUAAGUUCCUUAGUUCUUUAUCUAUAAGAAUGCAAAUAAUUUUAAAGUACAAGACUAUACAGUACAUAGUGCAUUGUAUUGUAUUUCCAAAUGUUUUUAGUCUAUUAUAGUGUAAGUUGUUAAAUGAUUUUAACCAAUGUAAAAUAUACGAAGGAGCCACCUGUUUAACACUGUCGAAUCUAGAGUGAACUAGCCCUUUAUGUUUUGGGAAAGAUGAACAAUGCUGUAAAAUAAAAGCUAUUUAUAUUA